UUAGUGUACGACUCCACUGGAAAGCUUCCGGCUGGAGUAUUGGACGGGAAUCUGGCCGAGCUGGGUUCAUUUGAUGAGUGCCUCUAUGUCACGAAGUUAAACGAGGAACCCGAAGGGUCCAGUUUUACGGGGCAGUACUGCAUGGGCUCAAUUUUCGUAAAUGCAACUAAGAACAUCAGCGCUGAAAUUCAAUUUUCCGAACAUCUGAACUCAUUGGCAUUUUCAACUUGCCUUCCUGACGCUUGUUCAGCGACGGACGUUCAAAAUCUCUUCAGAGGCUUUGGAAUCAACUUAACCACUGACGACACUUACUGCCAACUUUUAGCGGAACGGCCGGUAUUGGAUAUUGGAGGUAUAUUUGGAGUGACCAUUUUUGUAUGUUUAGCAUUGCUGAUGGUGGCGUCUACAAUCUACGACCUACGUAAAAAGUUCCGUGAGAAACAGGCUCCAAAUGCCCUUUUGUCGGCAUUUUCGGUGUACACAAACCUCAAGAAUAUCUUCAACACGAAGUCCGCCUCCAAGGAAAUAACCUGCCUGCAUGGGCUUCGCUCAAUAGCAAUCAUUGUAGUCAUUGCAUUCCAUCGCUAUUUCUAUUCCUUUGCCUUUAAGUACAGAAAUAAGUUCUACAUAAAUCACUGGGUACACCAGACACAAAACAUGCCAUUAGUAAAAGCGGACUUUUCCAUGGACGUUUUCUUCUUUUUGUCAGGUUCGAUGAUUACGUAUGGAUUUUGCCAAAAAAUGGCGAGUCAGCAAAGGUUUCGAAUUAUGUUGCACUACGUUAACAGAUAUAUGAGGUUGACUCCCUCGAUGGCUAUUGUAGCCUUGUUUGUAGCGACAGUGACCAAGUAUUUAGGUUCCGGACCACUAUGGCCAGACUUCAAUAAAAAUAUAAUCGAACCUUGUGUUCACAGAUGGUGGGGCAACAUGCUGUAUAUUCAAACCUUUACACAGCCAGCGUGCCUUCCACAAACAUGGUAUGCGGCUGCAGAUUUUCAGUUAUUUCUUCUGACGCCAUUGCUACUAAUCCCUCUACGACGCUGGCCGAAGAAGGCUUUAGUAACAACAGUUUUUCUAGACGUCUGCUGCGUUGCGUUCGUUUUUGCGCUUGCGUGGAUUGCGGAAUUUCGGGUGGCGGCUCAGUGUAACAACCUAUUAGUUGAGAUGAGUAUUGCGAAAACCCUGAAAAUAGCGUCCAUAAGAAAUAAAGAAGUUGAUAUCAGUCUCUCGAAAACAGCCAUUUUGAAAAAUUUUUUUACAGGACCUGUACCAUUCGCAAUUGCUUACUACACCCUGACACCAACAAGGGCAUCGCCAUGGCUCAUUGGCUUAAUCUUUGGAUAUUUCCUACACCUUACAAAUAACAACCCAAGUCCGAUUCGAAAGCCGAUCGCCCAGAGAAUUUUGUUCGUGGCCCUCGUUAUUUGCUUCGCUCAUGUUUUCGGAGCGAGCGCCAUACUCAACGCCAGAUACAACAAGUGGAUCAGCUCCAUUUACCUGUCCUUGUCGCCGACGGCGUUCGUACUGUCCCUUGCGUGGAUCAUUUACUGCUGCAAACUCGGUUACGCGGGUCCAAUCAACAGCUUCCUGUCGUGUUCGCCAUUUAAAAUCGUAUCUAAAUUGACGUACUGCAUGUAUUUGGUACAAAGUCCAAUUAUAGUGUACUCGAUCUUCACGAUGCGAGUACCACCUUUCAUAACCGGCUUUGAGAUGACGGUUCAUCAAAUCCCAGGAGAUUUGCUGUACUCCUUCUUGAUCGGCUUGGUACUUUCCUUGUCCGUCGAGUUACCCACGCAGACGUUUGCGAACGCCCUUUUGAAAAAACUGUAGUUUAUACGAAUGAAGUAACUGGUAUUUUUUGCAUUGUGAGGUUUUUCUAAAUUUAAUAAACGUAAGCUUUACCACAUACACUUUGACACAUACCCUGCAACCUGACACUGAUGAGGAACAUGCUAAGGAAUCUAUACUUAGGGUUAUAAAUCUCCUUUAAACCAGAGCCCAAGUCUCAAGACUGGGGGAAGACCGCAAGGUCCAAGGUCCAGGCAAGCGAGCAACGGAACUAAUCGUCCUUCCAAAAUUACCGGGGAUGCUCCCAAAGAAGUCCAUGGAGUUCGAUCUGGAGCCAUGGAAAAACGUGGUGCUGGCAGACUCAACACCUAACGAAUCUACUAGGCGCCCAAGAACAAUCGUGAAAGGCGUAUAGAGGAAGGGACCAUCCUUUGUUGGCACAACAAGCAAAGUUUAGUUGGAUCAUUUCCAUGCAAGCACAAUACCACGAAAAGACAGGAACAGGAAGACCGAUCAUUGGGAUGGUAUCCACCACGGAAGAACAACAAUUAUCCAAGCUCUUGGAACUAGAAGAAGUGGAAGUGGCAAUCACAACACGCAGGGACGAACAAUGGUGCAAGGACCUCUACAGAAACACCACCACAAGACGGCACCGUUGAAAAACGAGCCCAUCAUGAUGGAACAAUCACGAUCAUUAGCAGUAGCCAGGUUGCAUCAAUUACAAGAGAAACGGAAUCCAUUUGUACAAGACUAUCCAGUGGAAGUGAGAAAAAGUACUACAUUCCUCACUAAUUACUUAUUGUAACUGUAUCGUUUUGGAUAGAAAUUACAUAAUUAAUUA